UAUAUUUGUUUAAAUCCUUAUUGAAUAAUUUCAGUAGGGGAUUUGGAACGUACUGUUGACAGCUGACGUAUCUGUCAAUGUUUUUGACCAAUGAUUGAUUUGACAAUCUGCGUAAAGUGAACCCUGUGAGCUUAGGCUUAUACCUAAGGGUAUAGCACGAGUUUUUAUUCCCUACGAAAUUAAUGAAAAAUCAAAGUAUAUCGACAGUAGAACGUGUUUGGCAAUAAAAAGUAAAUAAUUUAUAAAAGUUACAUAACAAUCAUCGAUGUCCUGUCGUUCAUGUGUAGUGUUGUGACGGUGUAAAAUUUCAAGUGUGUUUGGAGAUACCAUGCUUUACUAAACCAACAUGGUUACAGUUCCACUCCAUAUUGUUCCAUCAGAAUUUAUUUUCUGCUAAAUUCGUUAGCGGUUCAUUAAAAUAGAGAAAGUACAACAAGGAUGGAUACACGUGCGCCUCCUACACCAGUUGGUGUUCAGGAUGACACCAAAGAGGCAGGGGCAUCUUAUGCACAUGCCGUCUUAAAUUUCAAACAAACAAAUAACAGUACCAAUAACAAUAAUAACAAGGAAAAUAUCGAAGAACCAGGAAAGGAUAAUAUUGUACAACUAGUUGACAGCUCAAAGCAACCUGAGGAGCCUAAACAAAUAAUACCUGAUGAAGAGGAUACUUUUACUCCAGUCGUAAGUCACAGUCGCAAGGAGCGCAAAAAUGAAAAAAAGAAAAAACUAGCAGCCACAAGUGACAAACACGAUAAGGGUGAACAUCCCUUGAGGGAGAAAGGAAAAGAAUCACGUUCUGGUCCAAAAGAAAAACGUGAUGAAAAAGAACCAUCGGCUGUGAGAGAUCUUGGCGAAGAUCAAAGUGAUUCUAAAAAAGUUUUUGUUGAAGCUCCAAUUCCCAAAGUGAACCCUUGGCAGGUCAAACAAGCUCUUCCAUCUACCCAAAAAGAAGAGGCUACUACCACUGUUGCUGCUGCUACCACUGCUGUUGUUGCUACUCCUAUUGUUGUUGCUACUCCUGUUGUUGCUGCUACCACUACUGUUAUUGCUGCUCCUGCUGCUACUACAGUUGUACCUACUGCUUCUACAGAGAAAAGAGUAUUACAACCAAAAAAUAAAGAAAUUGUUGAUAAUGGGCCAGAAGUUUCUGGAGUUGUUAAGGCACCUAGAGAUAAACGAAGAUAUAAUCAGAAGGCUAGUGAUUUUACUGAUAUUUGUGAUUGGCCAACUCUUGGAACUAAUGGUACAGAGUUUCGGAAGUCUUUCAGUCCUGUAACAGCAGCUCAAUCGUCUUUCUCAGUCACAACAGCUUCAACGUCCAAAGAUCGUCAAAACCAGCCAAACUUCGAGGAACCAGACGACAAAAAGAAACCAAUGAAGCACAAAUGGCUGCCUCUCGAAAUAGAUCUGUCAAAGAACCACAAGAACGAUCGCCGGCGAAAUGAUAGAGCCGGAGAUGACCGUUCUACCGUUAGCGAGGGAGACAAAGAUUGGAGGGCCGAAAGGGAACUUAAUGGUCACUCUAACAACGGCAGACACUCUCGUCCUACCCCAGGAUCCAGAAAUCGCAACGAGAGGACUAGGGGAGGCAAGAGGGGUAUACAUAAUAGACAGAAUAACAGGGCACCUAGUAAUCCUGAUUACCUAGACUUUUACUCACCAGAGUUUGGUGGAAAAUUCGGUGAUGCCAUUGAUGGACAAACGUUUAUGCCUUACAUGGGAACAUACUACUUCAAUAGCAACAACUAUUUGAGUCUAGAUGGACCCACAGUUAAGGAAUAUAUCCGCAAUCAAAUAGAAUAUUACUUCAGUGAAGACAAUUUGAACAGGGAUUUCUUCCUGCGACGCAAAAUGGACGCUGAAGGUUAUCUUCCGGUUACUUUGAUAGCAUCGUUUCACCGCGUGCAGGCUUUAACUAGCAACGUCGCUCUAAUAGUUGAAGCCAUAGGUGCAUCUGACAAACUUGAGUUGACUGCGGGUUUUAAGGUGAGACCAAAGAAAGAUCCCCUAAAGUGGCCUAUUUUGGACGAAUCCAACGAGAAAAAAGAAGAAUUAAUUUCAAAAUUGGUUCCUCCACCGCCGUUACCAAAAACCCUCAGGGAAAGACAGAUUGAGAAUCUGAACCCUGACGUUGCUGAGUUUGUACCUUCGGACAUAGGUAAACUUAUUAUUAAUACGUUAAAACGCAGUGAAAGAGUGUCUUGUCGCUUUUUAGAUCAAAAGAAACAAAAACUCAAUCACGCUAUUAACGGCAAUACAAAUGGAAACUCUGAUUCAUCCUUAGAACCGAACGACAAUUCUAACGGCAAUGGAAAGGAGAAGAACGAAGAUGACGAAACUUGGAGAGAAGUCAAAAGGAAAAACAAAGAAAACAAAGUCAGAAAGGAGUCCAAAAUCAAAUCUUUUGAAAGAGAAGAAUUGGACUUUCAUUUUGACGAGGAAUUAGAUCAAGAAGUGCCAACUGGAAGACAAAACACAUUUAACGAAUGGCCUUCCGAGGAUGAUUCUGACGAACUUAGUGAUAGAGACGUGAACAAGUUAUUAAUUGUAACGCAGAACACCACCACAACUAGAGCUCCAAAACACGAAGGAUAUGAUAGAACAGGUGACUGGACAACUCGUGUCAAAAUGAGUCAAGAUUUAAUCCAAGCUAUCAACGAUGGACUUAAUUAUUACGAAGAAGAUUUAUGGACUGAUCAAGACUAUGAAAGAAGCUCAGUUGAGAGUUACAAGACUGUCACCGUUAUUAGUCAAGAAGACUUCAAAAAGAUGGCACCACCAGCUCGAAAAAUUACUAAUCCACAAGUGCCUCCACCUCCACCACCAAUUAUUGACACUCUUCCAAGACAGCAAACCAAUCAAAAUAAUAGGAAAAAGUCAAAUAAAGCGCCGCAUAGAAACGUGCCUAGAUUCUAUGCCGUCGUCAAAGAAGAUAAGCCAGAUCCAACCACACCUCGUAAACGAAAAACAAGACACUCAAGCAAUCCUCCCGUUGAACAACAUGUUGGUUGGAUAAUGGACGUUAGAGAACAUCGAUUACGUACCACAUCUACAGGGAGUAGCUAUGGAACAAGCCCCAGUGAAGCUCCCUUAGGAACAAGUUGUGGAAGCUACGGCAGCGUUCCCCAGGCCCUACCGUCUUUCCAACAUCCAUCACAUGCUCUGUUGAAAGAAAACAACUUCACCCAACAGGGAUACCACAAAUUCAGACAGAAGUGCCUCAAAGAACGAAAACGUUUCGGAAUCGGCCAAUCAAAUGAAAUGAACACAUUAUUCCGCUUUUGGUCGUUCUUCCUAAGGGAGAACUUCAACCGCACAAUGUAUAACGAGUUUAAAAGUCUAGCUUUGGAAGACGCCGCAGAGGGAUACCGCUACGGACUCGAAUGUCUAUUCAGAUUUUAUUCUUAUGGUUUGGAAGUCAAAUUUAGGCCGCACUUAUAUGAAGAUUUCCAACAAGAAACAGUCAGAGACUACGAAAAUGGACAGCUGUACGGUUUGGAGAAGUUUUGGGCGUUUUUGAAGUACUACAAACACGGCGGUCACCUUACUGUCAGUCCUUCAUUAAAGAAACAUUUGGAUAAAUUUAAGACAAUCGAAGAUUUUCGUGUGGUUGAGCCUAGAAUAGAUGAAAUCUUUAGAUCGCAUAAUGGCAAAAGUCUGUAUAAUAAAGGUAAACGGAAUAGAAGCGUGUCAGAAAGCCAGUCCGCUAUUGCCAGCACAUCUCGUGAAGACCACCGACGUUCUUCUCACAACAGUCAAAGGGGCGAAAAUGUCCACCCACAACCUGGAACCAGCGCGCCAGCAGAUUCAGGAUUUAAAUAUGCCAGAUCUCGUACUCAAUCUUUUGGUUCUGGACGUAUUCGUAACAAUAGUACUCGUCAGCGUACUGAUUCUUGGAGACAAAAAGAGGUUAAAGAAUGAGCCUAAGGCUAUUUUGAAAACAGUCUACUUUGGAAAAUUUGACCUGAUGUGAUCACCAUCAGUUUAGAUUGUUCUUAUAUCGUAUAUGUAGGUUUGAUUUCCAAAAACAAAAAAAUAAUUUGGGUACUUUAAGAACAUAUAAAUUAAAUGGGGCGUUUCAAGCUUCUAAACAUGUAACUUUGGUGCCAUUACCUCUAAUCUUUUACAUUUUUACAUGAUUUUUUGUACUUUCAUAACAAAUAUAUGAAUAGAGUGAAAUGAAACAGCAAUAUAAUUUUUUGUGGUUUUAAAAAACUGCAUCGAUUUGUAAAAAUAUAGUAACAAUUUUAAAAUCUGACUGGUUUCUAAAGAAAAAAAAUCAUACGAAUCAUUACUAGUUUUCCACUUCUCAUCCAAUUAAUGCUCUGAACUGUAUUUAUCAUUAUCAUAAUUCGUUUGUAAAUAAUCUUAUAUGCUCUAUUCAGUAAUUUUUUGUUUUUGAAAGUUUUAGCAAUUUCACUUUUAAAUGUGAGAAAAGGCAUUUAGUAUUUGUAUAUAGCGUUAAUUGACCAAAUCACCUGAUAUGGAAACGUUUUAUAAUUUAAUUCGAAAGUAGAUUUGUGCACGAAAGCACCAGGUUUUUGAAAAUACCCAAAUUUCUGUAUAAAAAUAAUGUGUUCAUACAUUUAACGCUAAGAAAAGCUUGUUGUUUCAUACAUUGGGAUCUUACAAUUAAUAAUAGUUCCACUUCUCACUUUACUACAAUUAUUAUUAUUCAAAAUCUAUUCUGUCUUAUUUUUUUUAUUACAAUGUGAACAAAAUAUUAAGUUAGACUUUUACACUAUUUUGUUGUGAAUCAUUCCCUAACCUGUAGGAAAAGUGGCAGUUUUUGAAAGGCUCUAAAAAUUUUCAAAAAUCUAUCUAUUCAGAGUAGUUAAGCCAUUUUCAGCCAAUCAUCUUUGCUGGUUGCCAAAUUUAUCUUUGCCACGCAUGUUCCUUUGCUCCAGCUCUUCAGAUCUUCAUUGGUUUUCAGUGUAUAAUGAGUUUGUUUCACCUGUUUCGUGGAUAUUUCUAAUUCUGCUUCAUAUGUUUUUUGUUAGUUCCAAUAAAUUGGUACUUUCCCUUUUCCUCCUGGCACAUAUACUGUGUUGGACGAAUAUUUAGGUUGUUACCACAUCUUCCUAGAUAAAAUUUUUAAAAUACGCUUAUUCAGGAUUGUAUGGUGUGUAAGAAAAUUAUUUGUAAAUCUCUUUCUCAAUACCAGACAAUUUUUGUACAAAUCCUGUUAUGAUAAAACGAAGAAAAGGAAGAAAAAAUCAGCCUUUUGGUAUUUGCCCCCACAUUCCAGUUUGAAAAAAGUAAAAGUAUCUUCUGAUGGCGAUUCCAGUGGUUUUUGGGCGCACUCGUUCAUUCAGCAGCUAUGCAAUUUCACUUGAAUCCCUUCAACGGCUAUAAAACGCCGUCCUCUCGUUUAAAGGAUGCUGAAAGUGGCAGAAAUUGCAGGUCUGAUCACGGUUGAAACGCUUAACCACUAUAUUGGUUUAAAACUUGAAUACGAAAAACAUCUGUUGGAUUAAGAUCGGACUGGACUGCGAUUUAGAUGCUUGUAACAAAAUUUGAUUUUAAUUUGAAAAUUUUCUUACAAUUAUAUCGUUAUUUACUAAUUGUUGAUUUAUUUUUACGUGAAGUAAAGUUACAGAAUCAUAGGGAUGCAAAAAUAUGGCGGGAUAUAUUUGCACGAUUUGAAAAGCCUCAUCAGUUGUGGGAAGUGAAACUUUUUUUACAUUGUUCCCGCGUAGUUAGAGGGCGUAUCUUUUAGUUAUUCAUUAUUAGUCAGUCAUUUGUUAUGUUUUAUUUGUCGAACUCAUUGGAAUUUGUUUUAUUCACACUUUAGUCUAGUUUGAGGUCUGUUUGAAAAUUAUUUGAGUUAUUUUAAUUUGUUUUUAGUGAACAAUGUUCAUUAAUGCGAAAAAUGAAAUGUUAGCGUUGUUUUUAGAUAUUUAAAAUAUUGUAGCGUAACAUAUAUUGCACAUACAAGGUGUCCCAAUAAAACUAUUUGGUAAAAAUACAAGAAAAUCCUUCGGGAACUCUAAUUUUAGUAAACUACGUUUUAAGGUAGUGUAAAUUAAUAAAUAUUGUUAAAUCAAAAUAACGAGGCGCUAAAUAUUAUAGGAUAGCGUUAAUUAAAUUCCUUUACGUUAGUAUUUAGGUUAAAAUAAAUAUAUUUGGCACCUGAAAACUUGCGGUAGUUGAUCUUUGCUUGAAUUUUUUCAGUGCGACUUAUAUGACUCCUUUUACUUCUCAAAAGAGCAUCCUUGAGUUCUGGAAUUUGGAACACUGUACAGAAUAAUUUGACUAAUUUUCUACAUGGUCGAUUGUUUUUAUAUCAACAUAUAAUUUUUGGGUUAAUUAACAAACUGAAUCGAUCAUUAUUCCAAUUGUGGAUUUGAUGAUGCAGUGUUUUUAGAUAUCUUAGAUUAGAAUACAUAUACUGGAUCGAUUUUAAGUUACAGGGGGGGACACAAAAACAGGAAAUUAUUUUUACAUGUUCAAAAAUCUAUCAUAUUCAAAGUACCACAUUCUACCACGUCUGGGACGGCCUUUUACUUUCCUUAGGAAUGUCAUUUCUUGUAUGUUUGUGUUAUUUUAUCACGACCCAACAUUCGCUUCCAUACAGUAGAACUACAUGGAUAUAAAAUACUGCAGCCUUGUCUGACUUCUUUAUUUUUUUGGUACACUCUCGGACAAAGGCGUUAUAAAAUAGGAAAACAAUAAUAAGGCCAAAGUUAGCCUAUUACAUAACAUGGAUGGAAAUUUGCCUGUCAGAAAAUAAUACUGUUUUAUUGGGUCUCUAUUUGUAUUUUAAUAAAAAUAUAUAAUAUUUUAAAUAAUUUCAAAUCGAAAAUGAUUUCGGAAAAUAUAUUUGUAUAUCACAUUUUACUUAAAAAAAUAUUAUCUAGUUCAGAAAAUUUUAUUAGAAAAUGUAUGUCGUGUACUUGUCUGUGCUCAAAAAGAUCACCAAAUUUUUACAACAAAUCUUUGGAAGUAAAAUAAUUCUUUUUCAUUUUAUUCAUUGACCUCCAAAAAUCUGUUGAGACCAAAGAAUCUGUCGCGUAGUUUAUAUUAAACGUUCUUGAAAUCAAAAUUUGUUUCGGUGAUCUUGAAAUAUAUAAUUGACACUUUCUGACGAAAAAAAAAAUCUAUAAAUAUAAUUGUCUAAAUUUAUUUUUCUAAUAUUUAUAUAUUUGGUUUUUUAAUAUAACUAUUUGUGUUGAAUUUUAUGCAUUAUAACUAUCAAAUUUUUGCAAGGAUUUGCUAAUUUUAAAAGUGUCUAGUCAAUUUUUUAUCACAGAUCUGACUUUUUAAAACAUGGUGAAAAUGUGUUUUGUGUAUGUUCAGAAUAUUUAAAAUAUACAUUGGAUAAAGGCUCCCCAACCUACAUGUUCGAACUAGUGCAAAUUUUAUCGUUUUAGAAUUAAUUGUUUACUAUUCUAUCCACUAUUUCGCGUUGAUCUGGGGUAGCUUAAAGUGAUGCAACAUCAAUGUUCAGUCACCUUGGUUUUUAAUUUUUCAUUAGUUAACAUUAAUGGUGACUUAAUUUAUUUAAAUUAUUCUAAUAUUCAUUAUAUUCUAAUAUUCAUUAUGAUUUAUAAAUUAAAAAACCAAACACAAAAGAUUUUGUUAUUUACCUAAACUGGUCCAAUAUGUAUUUUAUUUUUAUAAAAAAUUAUAGAAAGAAAAGGUUGUAAAAGUUUUUGUAAGAAUAUCACAUGGUACUGUAAUGUCUGUUAAAAUUUAUGAAUUAUUCCCAAAAAAAAAAACAUGUUAAAAAUGAUUUCCUAUAUCUAAAUUUAGUUGAAUUCAAAAUUUAAUAGAAAAACUGCUCCAAGUUUAUUUUAAUUUUACUGAAAAUUUAUUAUUUAUUAAUAGAAGAAAAAAAUGGUUGUAUGCUUUUUGAUAAAAUAUUGCUAGUAGCGAUUUUUAUAAUUAUUGUAAGUGGUAGAAAAUUUAGUGUUUAGUUAUGUUUAUCGGACAGUGAAACCAUUAAAUUUUUGAUUCAGCUCAAGCGAAACCAAAAUACAAAAUUUGAGUGUGAAUUAAAUUAAAUUGUUUUUACUACCUAUGUUUUAUUUUGUUUUAAAUAUACUCUAUUAUUUUUUAUUAUUAAUUUUUGAGCUCGAUUGGACUGUUUCUUGCAGGACAAAAAGGGUUUCUAUCGUUUAAUCAUGUUAAAUACCCUAUUAUUAAUUUUGUGUGUUAGCAUGAAAUUAUUUAUAAAAUUUAUAAAGUAAUUUCUCGACCGCUGAUAAGGGGUGCAGAUGUUUUGGUGUAAAUGUUGAAAAAAAUAUUUUUUACCUCAUCACGGAGGGCGAGAAAUUAAGAAAAAAAUGUGAUAAUGGGUGUUAUUUUAGUGUUUGCUUAUUCUUGCAUUUAAGUAAAUAUAUAUGUAAGUUAGGUUGUAAAGAUUGUUGUGGAAGUAUUUGCGAUUUGUCUUCCAGUAACACAAAAAAAUAAUAAAAAUUUUAAAAAGUAAAAAAAAUUCACAUUUUCAAAAUUUUCAGAACAGUACUAAUGCAUCUGGUCCAUUCUCGAAAACCGGAUGCUAUUUUGGAGUCUUGUUUAAAAAAAAAUUAAAAAAGUUCUGUUCUUAUGCCAAAUUAUAUUUUUUCUAGAGUUGUAUCGAGAAUUUUUCUUUAGAUUUCAUAUCUUUAUGUAAAUAAUAAGAUGUAAGUCAC